AUGUCUUCUAGUACUGACAAACCAACUUUGAAGAGAAAUUUGGAAGCAGACAAUGAUACUGCACAGUCGACAAAAUCUAAAAAAGUUGAUACUAAAGGUGUAGCACAAAUUAAGCCAGAAUACAUUUUAGAAAAAGAAUCAAAUAAGCCUACAACACAAGAUAAUACGUUUACUAACAAUGUUAAUAAAGAUGAAGAUGAUGUAGAGGAAGAAUCUUUAAAUGAUAGAUUAUCUUCUAAUUUGGGUGCAUCCUCCUUUAAGAAAAAAAAAAAAAGAGGGCAAAACAAAAAUAGGGAUAAUAGACAAAAGAUGGAAGAAUUUAGAUUAUGCCCAAGAUUUAUUCAAGGAAGUGGAGAUGGAACUGUUGUUUGUCCAUUUGGAACAGGUUGUAGGUUCAUUCAUGACAUUGAUUUUUAUAUGAAGAAUAAGUCACCUGAUAUCGAAGUGGAAGUUUUCAAAAUAUGUCCUGUAUUUGAAAGAUUAGGGUAUUGUCCAAUGGGGAUGAAAUGUAGAUUUUUACAAACCCAUUUUGAUAAAACCACUAAUAACUUACUCACUGAUAAUGAAAUCGAUUCUGCCCAUGAAAAAGAACAUAAUCAUGAACUUAAUCACAUUACUGGAGAUCAAAAAUUGCAGUUAAUUAAAAGGAAAUUCAAAUUUGUAAAAUCCGAGCAUAUUUUAGAAGUAAUUGAUGCGUUCCAACAAGAAUUCAGGGAUAGUAUGAACAACUCCGAAAACGAACCAGCAAUAAAUGACAAAAAUCAAAAACGUAGGGAACACCAGAAAGAAAUUUACCUUAAAUACAAGGACACCAGGUACUUUUCACAAGAGAAGAAGCCAUUGAAUUUAAGAAAUAAAAAGAUAUUAUCACCAUUAACCACCGUGGGGAAUUUGCCUUAUCGUCGUUUAAUGCGUAGUUUGGGAUGUGACGUCACCUAUAGUGAGAUGGCUCUUUGCACCCCGUUAAUUCAAGGUACAAAUAGUGAAUGGGCUCUACCGAAGGCUCAUUGUACUGAAUACCCAGGAUUUGGUGUCCAAAUUGCCUGCUCCAAACCAUGGCAAGCGGCCAAAGCCUGCGAGGCUUUAUCUACUUUUAUCUCCAAUGGUCUGUCAGAAAUCAAUCUAAAUAGUGGUUGCCCUAUUGAUUUAUUAUAUAGACAAGGCGCUGGUAGUGCAUUGUUAGAUAAUCCGGCCAAGAUGAUUAGAUGUCUAAAUGCAAUGAAUUAUUGUUCGGGGGAAAUUCCAACCAGUGUGAAGAUUAGAAUGGGCUGCAAAGAUGAUCAUCCGAUAGCUAAGCCAUUAGUUAGGAGAUUAGUUUUAGAAACUGAUGUGAGAGGUAUUACUUUGCAUGGCAGAAGUAGACAACAAAGAUACACUAAAUUAGCUAACUGGGAUUAUGUAGGAGAAGUUGCCAAUGAAGUGAGAAUGGCAGAAGUGGAAAGGGAAGAAAAAGAUAUUGACUAUCGUGAACAUAAGUAUCGUGUACAAUUUAUCGGGAAUGGUGAUAUAAGUAAUUAUGAAGAAUGGUAUGAUCAUAUGGCAAAAUAUGGUGAUUCCUUAGAUAGUUGUAUGGUUGCCCGUGCUGCUUUAAUUAAACCAUGGAUUUUUGAAGAGAUUGAUGCACAACAACAUUUGGAUAAGACUAGUAAGGAAAGAUUGGAUAUUUUAGAAACAUAUGCUCGUUUUUCCAUGGAUCACUGGGGUACUGACGAGUACGGUAUCUCUCAAUGUAGAAGAUUUUUCCUUGAGUUUAUGUCAUUUUUCCACCGUUAUAUUCCGAUUGGUAUUUGUGAAAAGGUCCCCGUUAAAUUAAAUGAAAGACCACCGCAUUGGAAGGGCCGAGACGAUUUGGAAACUUUAUUGGGUUCUACAGACUAUAAAGAUUGGAUUACAGUUAGUGAAAUGUUUUUCGGUAAAACACCUGAAUCUUUUAUUUUCACGCCAAAACACAAAAGUAAUUCUUAUGAAAAUUAA